CCGCUCUCACGUUCAUUGGCUGGAGACGUUUGCGCCAACAACAACAAAACAUUGAAUCCCUUUCAGGCAGGAUGGAAAGAGGACAAAGUCGUGCUGCGGCCCCUUCCUACUUGGCGUGGUCCAUCUUCAACAUUCUAUGUUGCUGUCUGCCUCUUGGGAUCGCAGCGGUUAUCUAUUCCAGCAAGGUACAAAAUGCCAACGCCUCGGGGAACUCCAUGGCCGCAGCUGAAGCCUCAAAGACGGCAAAGAUCCUCAAUAUCGCCGCGCUGGUGUGUGGAUUAAUUAUACUCGCCAUAAUUAUCACGAUCAAAAUCGUGGUAGCCCAGGGCUGAUUGACAGCGUUGGCGGAAAAUGGUGAUGGCGGGAGUUGCUGCAAAUGUCUUUUUGUACUGUGGACUUUCGCCUUUAUUUUACAUCCAAAUAUAUUUGUAUACUCUGUGUUAACUGUGUUUUUUUAUGGAAAUGACGAUAGUGUAUAAUAAAACUGCUGUCAUCAA